AUGAGCUCAGAAAAUGCACAAGAAAAUAUUGUUUGGGUAGUUGAUUUCAGUGGAUGGACAGUAUCAAGUACUCCAUUGACGGAGUCACGUCAAUCAGUGCACAUAAUUCAGAACUAUUAUCCAGGGUUGGUAGGAGCUGCAAUUCUUUGCAACCCUCCAAAGAUAUUCGAAUCCUUUUGGAAGAUACUAAAUUACUUCAUCGAGCCAGAGCUGAAAGAGAAAGUGAAAUUUGUCUACACUAACAAUUCCGAGAGCCAGAGAAUAAUGGCUGACAUGUUUGACCUGGACAAGCUGGAGUCUUCAUUUGGUGGCCGCAACACCUCUGGUAUCGACAUUGUCAAGUAUUCUGAGAGAAUGCAAAGAAGAGAUCAGACUAGGAAUCUUCAUAUUCGAUAA